AUGUCUGAAGCACCAUCUCGGCCUGCGCGAGGCAGGAGCUCUGCCCGCGGUGGCAGGGCAUCAUACGGCUCUCGAGGCCCCAGAAAGACCAACGGCGACGGCGCAUCCUCCAACAUUGACACAUCAGCAGACCAGGGCGAACUUGGAGAGCUUAAGAAGCGCUACCAGUCACAGCUAUCCACACUGAAGGAGCUAUUCCCCGACUGGACCGACGCCGAUCUCGUCCUCGCAAUCGAAGAAUCUGACGGUGACCUGCAGACCACCAUCGAGAAGAUCAGUGAGGGCGCCGUCUCGCAAUUCUCAGAAGUCCCAAAGAAAGCAAAGGACAGGUCCCGCUCCAAGGCCAAGGAGAAUGUCGUGCCCAUCGAUGGCGCGUCCAGUCUGCGUGGCCGGCCUGACGGAGCCCGCCGUGGAGUCGACAGCGGUCGCGGAGGCCGUGGCGGACGAGGCACCGAUCGUGGUCGCGGUGGAAUUCGAGGCGGUCGUGGAGGUGCCGCCAGUGGACCUCGUGCGGCUGCUGGAUCAGUCCCGACUACCGAGUCCGCUGCGUGGGACACGCCCACAGUUCCAGAAGAGUCCAACGAGACCAAAAAGGACGAUGAAACCGUACACGCGCCCGAAGCGACUCCAGAAGUCAUAAAGCCUGUUGUAGAGGCUGGCCUGACAGCCGCAAAGAAGACUUGGGCGAGCAUGUUCGCCGCACCCAAGCCUGCUCCCGCCGUUCCCAAGGCCGCUCCAAAGCCUGCCGCUGCUGCAGCCCCCGAAGUGCCUACACAAGUACCCGACGAGACGCCCGCACACCAAGUUGCCCAAGAGCCAGCCGUGCAGGCUGAGGAACUGCCUAUACCCCCAGUCGCAGAUGAGGCUGUCGAGACGCCGCCCAUCACUGCCGAAGAUACGUCAAAGAUGACGCCGGACAAGAGCGUGGACGAUGCUGCUCCUGACGUCACCCUCACACCCUCUGGAGAUCAGCUUACACAGGAGAAUGUUGAGCAUCUGCCUGACGAGUCCCAUCCGCCACCGACCGAGACAGCUUUCAGCACUGUUGCAAGCUCAAAGGACAUUGGAAGUGCUGUAGCCACCCCAUUGAACGGUCCUACACAAGCACCUAUCGGCCGCCCCGCCAUUGGAGGAUUCCAGACCACUGCACUAAAGGCGACUUCUGGUACCCCACACCGAAGCGCAAGUUACCAGAGGAGAUUGGUGGAGCAACAGGAGGCGGUAGUCAUGCCUGGAAACCACGCUGUGGACAGGGCUGCAGUCCAAUUCGGUAGCAUGGGAUUAGGCGAAGGCUCGGAUCCAGAUGUCGACGAAGACAGGGAAGAGGCGGAAACCAGGACUCAACCGCCCCAGCACUCCCCUGUUGCGCAGCCCAGGGCCUCUCUGCCUCCUGCUCCUCGCCAAGCAUCCCAAGACGCUCCCCAACAGGAGUCUACCCCCACCCCAAAGCAGGCCCCUGGACUCCCUCCCGUUCCUCAACACCAGCCCAGCCUGCAGCAGUCUCCCUCGAACCCGAUUGGAUCCCAGGCUAUGCAAAACCAAGGAUCUCAGUCCAACCAGCCUUACAACCAGUUUGCUAGGUAUGGUCAGCCAGGCAUUCACUCAGAGGCUUCCGCCCCAGCGCAGAAGCCAUACGACCCAUUCGGCCAGCAAAUCCCACAGUCGAACCACUCGCAGUCGCAAAACUACGACUACCCUGGGCAACAAAGCCAGGCCCCCUCUCAGCCUGGUGCUUUCUCGUCUGCUCCAGACAGCUACCCCUCCAACUACCUCACCUCCGAGCAACGCUCGCAAUACCAGAACUACUAUGGAAGCUACGGCCAGCCCAUUGCGCAGAGCCAGCAGGAAGCAGGUUCUGCUCAGCAGCGCACUGGUAGUGCUUUCGGCUCCGGACCUACUGACUCGGCUUAUUCGCAGAGUCAGCUCCCACAGUCUCAGAGCCGUUACGGUGACGCUCAGAACAGCGGACACAACACCCCCAACCCAGCCGCCAUGGCUGGUCAGGGACAUGGCGCUCAAGGCCAGCACGCGCAGCAUGGACACAACGCAGGCUACCCAUACAACCACCCGUACUACGGUAGCCCCUACUACGCUAACUACAUGAAUCAAUUCGGUGGUUACGGCCAGGGAGGAGCAGGCUAUGGAUCAUUUGGAAAGGGCAUGUAUGGCCAGCCCCAACACUACGGCAUGUCUCCUCAAGCUUCGUUCGACCAGCACUCGUCUUCUCCCGCCAAUGCAGGAGGCUUCGGUGCUUCUUCGCUACAUGAUCGUGGCAGCGGCAUGGGUGCAGGCUUUGGUGACUACGGUCGCUCAGCCUCUGGAACUUCUCAGAACCCCAGCGCCACUGCCGGCUCCGCUGCUGGAUUCGGCGCCAUCCCUGAUACUUUCACCCGACCAGGAAACUUCCACCAAAGCUCCUACGGACAGUCAGGUAGCCAAGGUUUGAACGAUGACGCCCUCAAGCCCUCCAACGACUACAAGAGCGGUGGACCCAGCCCAUCGGCUCUUGGUGCUCAGCCCGGUCGCCCCGGUUCCGCCAACCAAAGCACCCCUGGACAGGGCGGACCCCAACACCCUCAGCAAGGCUACGGUAACUACCCGAACCACCUUGGCAACAGCCAGUAUGGCGGUCUUGGCGGUCUGGGCCACCAAAACUCUGGAAGCCACCAGCAACAGAGUGGCUAUGGCAACUACGGCGGAUUCGGAGGAUACGGCGGCAGCUACAACCGCGGGGGCUGGGGCGGAAACUACGGCCAGCACUAA